CUUUAAGAGAUAUCACGUGGUAUCUCCAGAGAAUUUCUGCAUGAACUAUGGCGCUACCCAUUAGCUGUCGUCUUCUGCUAUCACACUUAUCUCGAUUUAAUUCCUGUGUUUUGGAAACGUCGAGUAGGCCUAUUUUAUGCAAGAGCAAUGUAUUGCUUGCUCUAAGGGAACUGAUUAAUGGGCAAACAGCGAAUAUUUCUCCGUCCUUGGCGUGGAGAAGCGCAGUGAGCAGAAGGUCAUUCCGACGUUGUAUCAGUAGCCACGUAAACGAGGAAAGCCAAAAUGGAGAUAAAUCCAGCAAGCGGAAUGUAUUAUGGUGUGCUGUUGCAGCUUUCUCCUUCUUCGGCAAGGCUGACGAUGAGAGAGAUGAGGCGCAGAAGGCAGAGGAUGAAAUCAUUUUGCUACUGAAAAAAGCCAAGCUCAGUAUGAUGCGGGACGAGUUGGACGCAGCCAGUGGCUUCUUGCAUCAGGCCAUAAGACUGGCUCAUCAGACUCAUAACACACAGGCCAUUAUCUACACAUACAGCUUGAUGGCAAACCUCGCCUUUGUUCAAGGUCAGCUGACCAAUGCAGAGAAACUCUUCAAGGCAGCCAUGAGUUUCAUGCUCUCUGGGGGAACGCCUCAGGAUCACAAUGCAGUCAUUGAGAUGUCCUUGAAGCUGGCAAGCAUAUAUGCCUCUCAGAACAAGAAUGAAUUGGCAGAGCAUGGGUUCCAGUUUUGUACAGAAUCUCUGGAGGGCAAGAUUGCGAAACACAAGGAGCUCCCCCUAGAGGAGUUAUCAGACGAGGAGAGGAAGGACACGCGGCUGCUGCUGGGUCUGUGUCUGGACGCCAGGGCGCGCUACCUGGCUGUCUCCCAUCGGCUGGCCGAGGCCACGACCGAUUACCGCCGCGCCCUGCAGAUCUGUUCAGAGGAGCAGGGAGAGUCACACCCACAGACUCUGGUGCUGAUGAGUGAUCUUGCCACAAUUCUGGACCUACAGGGUAAGCAUGAGGAAGCCCUCGGCCACAUAAACAGGGCCAUGCAGCUGGGGAAGGACGCCGGCCACCCCGACCAGCACGUGCUUCAGAGCAACAUGGCUGCCAUUCUGAUGCAUCAAGGCCAGUUUGAAGAGGCCAGUAGGCUGUUCCACGAGGCCCUGGCUCUGGCUCAGGCCAUGGGAGACAGAGAGGCAGAGGAGCAGAUCCAGGAAGGGCUGAAGGAGCUGGCCAGCAGGAGAGAUGCCCAGACGGACGGCAAGCCUGCUGGACAAACUGAGUGUCAGGCCGAGGGUCAGGCAGCAUCAGAAUGACGUAAACAAGUUCCACUGUAGGUUUCCAACAUGACGGUGGGCAGCCUCAGGUGAAAACCCGCGUAGUGUGUUCAAACUCCCUUGCCUGUUCCCGAACCAUGCCACCACAAUGUGCCCUGUGUCUCCGUGCUGUCUGUGGUUUGAACAUCCAACCAACUGCCGUUUUGGAGUGAAGACGUAUUACCCAGUGUUCACCAGCCGUGACUUUUGCAUAACAAGACCAGGUCCUUGCUCUCGCAGCACCCACAUGGUGGUAGCUACAUUUAUUUUGUUCUUCUCCCUGUUUACUCUAUGGUUUCCUCAUUCAGAUGUUGUGCAAUGGUAAAAUAAACAGACCUGUGUAGCAGUUAAUGAGACUCAGGGAAGUGGUCAUACAAGGAACAUUGCGGCCAUGGUCUGGCUGGUAAACAGCCUUCAUUUUGUGAAACUGUUUACAUGUGAAUUUUUAUAACUGUCAGGACCAAUUGAAUGCUGGGUUAGAUUGGCCUCCCCACAUUCAAAGUGUGUCAGGCAACUGAGGGGAUCCAUUUGAAACUGGAAGCACAAUUGGAAACUGAAUUGUCCAAGCAAUAUUAUCCUGUGUUUGUGUUCGGACGAGGAGGUGGAAUAAAAGAAACCUGUCACGGAUGGUCACGCUGUGAGCUUUUAUUUGAUUUCACAUAAAUAAUCUCAGCCUGAUAUAAUUCCAUCUUAACUGUAUGUUUCUCACACUGAAUAUUAUUUUAUGAUCCUCACACAAAAAAAAAUCACCUCAGUCCAGUUUAGUUGACCAUAUGUAAUGUUUUGCACUUCAUGAUUAGACAAAUUUGGCUUUAAGAAAGAACAUAGGAACAUGUGCACAUAAAUGUUACGUAUGUCAAAAGGCUGUACAUUUUUUAAAUACACUGCUUAAAUGUGAUUGCAGUGGAAUAAAUGUUUAAAAUAUAUGUUUUAUAUGAUAUGUUUGUUUUGAAUGCAUCUCUGUCAAAUCACAGGUGUCCAGUAAAUGUUCAUCAUCUGUGUACUCUGUCAUCAGUUGUCACAGAGUUUGAAUUUGGCAGUGGGAAUGACCGAAGGCCCGUCGGAGAGAUCUUCAGUAGGCUACUUGUCUUCUAAUCAUAUUGAGGUCAAAAGAGUGCAGUGAACUUGUAGACAUAAUCUUGUACACAGGGAGGCAGUGUUUAGAGUAGUUUGAUUUCAAUCGUUUUCAGUGGUGAGGUGUGGGCAGGUGUGGGUAAGAACAGCGACUUCGGUGUGGGUGUAAAUGUUAUGGCAAAAACAGAAAUAGUACAAUGAGCUACUAAGAAUUGGGUUUAUGACAUUUCGAAACAAAAAAACCUGAGAAAAAUAGUUCUUCUACUUUUAGAAGACUCCUCCACUUCUCUAAGACUCUUCCUUGUGUGCUGUUCGUGUUUUAGCAUUUAAAAAUUCCACAGAAACCCAGGUUUGUGUGUGAUAGCUGUGCACCAUCAUUUGAUAGGAUGUAUAUUUCAAAGACAGCAGGUAAAGGAACCAAACUGUGCUGAUUGGUUGUAUGCCUGAGAUGUGUUUACUCUGCAAAGGGCCAGUUAGGAGGACAAAUUAUUCAUAUUAAUAUAUGCCUACAUUGUGUAUUAAACUUGUUGCUGUACACAACAAAA